AUGUCUACUGCUGCUAGAAGCCAUGGUAACUCGGUUGAUGAUGAGGAGAUCCGUCGUUUGGCAGAGCGGUUAUCAGCAAUGUCUCUUAAUCUGCCUGUCACUGUUACCCAACAAGCUCAAUCCGAUGUUGUUGACGGGCCUGAUGUUACUUUAUCAUCAAUAGCAGAGGAAGCUCCGCUAAAGUCGUCGAUUGUUGUGCCUCCAAGAGAUAAGGCUGGUCUCAUAGAGGCAAGAGGUUCUGGAGAUGCUGACGACUUAUUGAAUGGGUUGUCUCCGAGUGAACUGCAGAAGAUCUAUGAUAACUCGGUAAAGAGAGCUGAGAAGGCGGCAUUGCCACCUGGAGGAUUAUUCAAAGGUUUUAAAGAUACUCGGUCGGUUCUCUCUUUCCUACAUGAGUGUGAACGCACUCCUUCGUGGGACAUUGGUUAUGGUCCUAGUGCUGCUUUCUUCCAAGGCAUUUAUUUGGAAAGGUGUUUGUCUGAUGUUAUUCGACAGACCGUGGUUGAUGGUGUUGAUAGACGUUUACUCCAACAAGGAUAUUCCAGUUAUCGCAAGCUGUUCGGCGAGCCGGAUGUAUUCGAUCUGAGUUGUUACAAACCACCACGUGCUCAUCAUUGUUCCAAGUGUAAACGAUGUGUGGAUCGAAUGGACCAUCACUGUGAUGUCACCGGAAACUGCAUUGGCGCUCGCAAUCAGGGGUCGUUCAUAUUGGUAUUCAUAUUUGGCUCGGCAGCUUGCGUCUAUGCACAAUACAUGAUCUGGUCGACCGUCCUUCUUAAGGAGGGGUUCCCCAAUCUCUUCCUAGGGGUUAAGCUCAACACUUGGCAGUAUGUAACGUACGGUCACUUUGCUCUGCCCCUUGGCCUCUAUGUGCACUUGAGUACCAUAAUUCCUUCCUGUGCCGGUGGGGCCACUCUGAUGCUACUGGCGACCUUUGGUGCUCUGAUAGCCCUGGCCUUUAUGUUUUGGGGGCAGUGUGGACAGAUCAUGCGAAAUGUAACUUUCCUUGAGAAACGUCCAUAUAAGGCUGAGUGA